CUACCCACCAACCCAACCGAUUCCUCUCCAUCUCCGCACAACUGAGGAAAAUCCGCUGCGAUGUCUGCGACAAGGCGAAAGCCAUCGUCUUCUACAGUGUUGACGAGGCUGCCCUCUGCUCCUUCUGCGACAAGGGCGAAACCACCCACGUCCCUUCCCAGGAUCCAAAGGGCCGACCGAUCAAGAACAUUGUCUGGCUUAAUUGGUUUUUCAAUUCGCCUGCUGCCGACAGGUAUCUAAAAUGAGAAAAGCUUUGAAAUUUGCUUCCAUGGCGGAAGCCAUUUCUCAUAAUUCUAUUUCACAAUACUUUAAGAGAGAAAGAAGAAGAAGAACAAAUAGCUCUGAUUAUCGGUGGUGUCGGAUUCAAAACCACAUCGACGUCGGUCCAAUUUGUCUCCCCCAAUGCUUCAACUUUCUCUUCCAAUUACAAACAUUAUCCACACAUUUCCUCAACCUCGAAUCCCUAAUCGGGAUCUUCCACUGCCCGUCAUCGAAUCCCUCCUUCUCUGCCUCUCGCAGAUCCCACUCCAGUUGGGCCUUCUGCCUCGACUCCUGCAAGCAAACCCCUUGCAGCUCCGCCGACAUAGAGUCAUGGACCUUUCACCACUGCGGGUGCGCGACGUCACUGGCGAACUCGCUGAGUUCCAAUUGCAGUCGUAAUCCCUAAAACACAGCCACGGCUUCAUCCCGAGGUAAUGGAGCACGUAGAGCUCCGGCGAGUCCGACCUGAAGCGGUCGUUCUUCUUCCUCUUGACCUCUUCAUCGUCGACGAUCCAGAAGUGCUUCGGGAAGUUGAGCCAACGAGGGAUUCGAUGCCAUCAGGUAAAGAUCUCGUUCAGGUAGCCUUGAUCGCCACUGUUGUAGGAUUCGAUGCCUCCAUUCCCAACUCGACUCCUUCCCCUCUCACCUAAAAUCAAUCCCCCGCUACCCCUAUUUCAUAUCUCCCUUAAAACACCAACUAACCCAAACUAGGAUCCCAAACUAGCUCGGUUCACUUACCAUCUCAAAGCUGUUACUUUCUUUUUGCUUUUCUGAUUCUUGUCUCGCCCUCACUUGGGUAUUGGAACAAAUGACCCUUUGUUCCUUGUUUCUUGUUUGAAACCUUUUCUCCCUUUUCUGUUACUCUAAUAAUUAUAUAGAUCACCCAUAUAUAAAAAAUAACAUGAAAACUGAAGAAAAAAAAUUCAUUUCAUACCCCUGCUGCCAUACCUUCCUUCUUAGCUCUGCGGAGACGGUGGCGGAGAGUUAGAGGAGAAAGAGAGGAAUGGGUUGGGUUGGAUUUGGGUGGUGGGUUGGUUAGGUUUAAUUGGUUUUUAUUUUAUUUUUUAUUAAUUAUUUUGAUGAUGUGGAUGCUGACUAGACAGUUGACUGGACUAAACUAACAUAAUUUUGGAUGGAGAUGGACGGAAUUACCUUUUAGUUAUUAGUCCAAACAUAUGUUACUGAAACGUGCAAAAUUAAAGGUUUGUGACCGUUUUGUACAAAGUAAAUAGUUUUAUUACCAUUUAUAACAAUUACUCGAAUUAUUAGUGAUGUGCAAAUGGUGAAUUGCAAUCAUCUCUUUUCUUUCACUAUUUUUAUUUUCAAAUAGAAAGUUUAAAAGUAAAGAAUAAUUAGAGUUUGGCAUGGGUCGGUCAAACAGGCUGAAUUUCAACUUUUGGCCCGUUUUGAUCAAGUCUAAUUUAUAAUCACAUGGUUCCCUGAUACCCGAUAAAAUCUCAAUCCAAACCAGUUUGGCAGGUGACUCCGUGUUUACCACCAUUUUCUAGGGAUACAGGAACGACGGUUCAUAUCUCAAAUCGUGUUGUUCGUUCUUGAUUUCUUUAGAUUUUUAUCAUGGCUUGGCAAAAUAAGAAAGCACAAUGACAACAAGAUGAAAGUUUUAUAAAGCAAAUUAAUCGUUCAACGGGCCGAGUAAAAGCUAGCAACGAUUGUGAGAUGCUCAUUUCCCAAAAACCGGCGGGAUAGGCGAUUUUUUAUUCAAUUUUCUGGAAUUCGUUUUUUACAAAAAUUACUCCAACUCAUCAUAUUACCAGAAAUAAUAUUGUUUCACAAGGUAACAGGUACUUGAUUUUGGUUCAUAAGGCUGAUUUUUUAUUCGUUGCAUCAUUCAUGUCUUUUUCCUGUUAAAAUUCGCUAUUUUUAUCACGUGUUUCAAAAAAAACUAUACAACAAUAAGCUAUACACCCCAUUACAUUAUCAAAUUUCAUAUCUUAUCUUCCUCCGGCCAACUGGCCUGGGUCACGCUAGUUGUUUAAAAAUCUAAAUAGUCAAAUAAUUAAAGAAAUGACCGAGAUUUAUGGAUUGUAAUAGUCACACGGUUGAGAUAAGAAUUUAACAAAAAUCGCUUCUUGCCUAUAAUUAUGGACAAGUUAGAAUCUGAAUAAAUCAAGAAAGUAUGUUAUGAAUCUCCUUAUAUAUAUAGAAGUUGAUGCUCUAGUUAACAUAUCACUUUACCUCCAACAAAAAGCCACUAGAAAAUCAAAAUUAGUGAGAAAUCAACCAUGAUGAAAAGGUUCUCAUGGGCGAUUAUUUUCAUACUUCUUAUUUGUCUCUUCCAUGGUAAUUAUCGAUAUUUUUAUGGUUUCAUGUCUCAAGUUUCAUUUUGAUGUACUUAGUAUAAAUGUCUUCUCUUAACAGUUAAUUAAGGUGGUUUGAUUUCAUAUGCGAUUAAUGUUUGCAAUAAAAUUAGGGAACGAGGUUGUAGCAUUCCGCAGUCACGAAUUUGGGCCGAAGACGGAUUUUUGCGACAAGUUCACUUCUUUUCCUCAAAGAUUUUUGCAUAUCCGAGGUGGUGGUUGCAAGGAUUCAAUAUGCGACACUGCAUGCAACAACAUGUUUGGAGGUGUUGGAAUAUCUGUUGCUGGACGAUGUGAGCAGCGUACUUGCGCAUGCUACGGCUAUUGCUAUCAUUUUAAUGAUCCUCCGCUAACAGAUGUAAAAUUAAAUUAAGAAAAAGAGACUAAUUUUUCUGCAACUAAAUAAAUAAUUUGGCGAGCCUCCAAUAUUUAUUGGUUUCUCAAUAGUUACAGGUUAUUAUUUGGUAGAGUAUUUCUUUGUAUUUCCACUUAUCUUUUUUGGUAAAAUAGGGAAUCUAGCUAGCUUCCUAUUCAAUGAAAAGUUCAAUAGAAG